CCUAACUCUCUCAUUCUCUUCCCCCUCCCCUCCCCUCCCCCCUUCUCUCUCUAAUAAUUAAAUGGUUUGCCCUUGAUUUUGAACCUCCCAGCCAAGAAGUAGAGCAUCCCCCAUGUGUGUCCUCCAAAAAACUGUGUGGCCAUUCCUUUCCCUUCAACCUCAGUAGAUGGAGUACUCUCCAAACCAUUCAGGAGCUGAGGGAUUCAGCAGCAGCGAAUCGGGUUGGACCAUGUACAUUGCUUCUCCAACGAAAGAAGAUGAUUCUGGAUGCACCGAGGCGAGUUGGGUCACUCAGAAGGACCAGAUCACCACCAUCAGCCCCCCCGGAAACAGAAGAAAAGAGGGCAGCGACGACAGCGACGAUUCAAUGGCUUCUGAUGCUUCCUCCGGCCCAAGCCACCAUCGGCAAAAACAUGGCAAGGAUGGUUGUUCGAAGCCCGAUAAGAAGCAAGAAUGGUUCUCUAAUGAGAAAUCGAAACGGAAAGAGAAGAAAAAGGAAAAAGGAAGUGUAGUGAAGGGUCCGAAGCGAUGAGGACUUGUGCUUCCUCUUGAGAGAUACCUAUUUCUUUUUGUUUUCGCUUGUUGAUGUUGACUUAGGAUUAAAAAGGUGCAUGCAUAACAAUAAGUUUUAUUUUGAAUGUAGCUGGAGAUUUGAACACAAUAUGAGCUUCUUCAUAUUUUCAUUUAUCCGAGCAAGGCCGAGGCCGAGGGAAUGAGCGUAUUGUCAAGUCCUUUCUUAUUUUCUUGAACUUUACUUCUA